GUGGCCGCCGUCGUUCGUCGUGCGUGAUGCGGUUGGAUGAAGACGCAUCAACACAACACUGAAGCAGAAAAAGAGGACAAUAAGAGAGAAAUGUUGUGUUAGUUCACUGUGUGUGGAUCCAAGUUGUCUCCGACGUUAACAGACUGCGCUGGGAGUGAAGGUAGCGAGUGAGGCGCCAUGGCGGCUACCUUCCCCUACAGAGGGGUCCCACCAGCGAUGCCACCAGGUGUACCCCCACCUGCGCCCAUCCCUGACUACAUGUCUGAGGAAAAACUGCAAGAGAAAGCAAGAAAAUGGCAGCAGCUGCAGGCAAAGCGCUACUCCGAAAAGAGAAAGUUUGGCUUUGUGGACGCUCAGAAGGAAGACAUGCCUCCUGAACAUGUCCGCAAAAUCAUCAGGGACCAUGGAGACAUGACCAAUAGAAAGUUUCGCCAUGACAAGAGGGUCUACCUCGGUGCCCUCAAGUACAUGCCCCACGCAGUGCUGAAGCUGCUGGAAAACAUGCCUAUGCCCUGGGAACAGAUCCGAGAUGUGCCUGUACUCUACCACAUCACAGGAGCUAUUUCCUUUGUGAAUGAAAUCCCUUGGGUCAUAGAGCCAGUGUACAUUGCUCAGUGGGGCACCAUGUGGAUCAUGAUGCGUCGUGAGAAGCGUGAUCGUCGGCACUUCAAGCGUAUGCGCUUUCCACCAUUUGAUGAUGAGGAGCCGCCUCUGGACUAUGCUGAUAACAUAUUGGAUGUGGAACCUCUGGAGGCCAUUCAGAUGGAGCUUGAUCCCGAGGAAGAUGGCUCAGUUGUGGAGUGGUUCUAUGAGCAUCAGCCCCUCAAAGACACUGCCAAAUUUGUGAAUGGCACCACCUAUCGGCGCUGGCAGUUCACUCUACCCAUGAUGUCCACGCUGUACCGUCUGGCCAAUCAGCUGCUGACGGACCUGGUGGAUUUCAAUUACUUUUAUCUCUUUGACCUCAAGGCCUUCUUCACUUCUAAGGCCUUAAACAUGGCCAUCCCUGGGGGACCAAAGUUUGAGCCGUUGGUCAGAGACAUCAACCUCCAGGAUGAAGACUGGAACGAGUUCAAUGACAUCAACAAAAUUAUCAUCCGACAGCCCAUCAGGACGGAGUACAAGAUUGCCUUCCCCUACUUGUACAACAACUUGCCGCACCAUGUUCAUCUCACCUGGUACCACACACCAAAUGUGGUGUUUAUCAAGACAGAGGAUCCAGAUCUACCAGCAUUCUACUUUGACCCGCUGAUCAACCCUAUUUCACACAGACAUUCUGUCAAGAGCCAAGAGCCUCUGCCUGAUGACGAUGAAGAGUUUGAGCUUCCUGAGUAUGUGGAGCCUUUCCUUAAAGAGACCCCACUCUACACAGACAACACUGCCAAUGGCAUUGCUCUGCUUUGGGCACCGAGACCCUUCAACCUCCGAUCUGGUCGCACAAGGCGCGCCAUUGAUAUCCCCCUGAUCAAGAACUGGUACCGCGAGCAUUGCCCUGCAGGACAACCAGUGAAAGUGCGUGUGUCGUACCAGAAACUGUUGAAGUACUAUGUGCUCAAUGCUCUCAAACACAGACCACCCAAAGCCCAGAAGAAGAGGUAUCUGUUCCGCUCCUUUAAGGCCACGAAGUUCUUUCAGUCCACCAAGCUGGACUGGGUGGAGGUCGGCCUACAGGUGUGCAGACAGGGCUACAACAUGCUCAAUCUGCUCAUCCACCGUAAGAACCUCAACUAUCUGCAUCUGGACUACAACUUCAACUUGAAGCCUGUCAAGACACUGACUACAAAGGAGAGAAAGAAGUCCAGAUUCGGCAAUGCCUUCCAUUUGUGCAGAGAGGUGCUACGUCUGAGCAAGCUGGUGGUUGACAGCCACGUGCAGUACAGACUGGGAAAUGUUGACGCUUUCCAGUUGGCUGAUGGGCUGCAGUACAUCUUCGCUCAUGUGGGUCAGCUGACAGGCAUGUACCGCUACAAGUACAAGCUGAUGAGACAAAUCCGGAUGUGCAAAGACCUGAAGCAUCUCAUCUACUACAGGUUCAACACAGGUCCUGUGGGCAAAGGUCCAGGUUGUGGCUUCUGGGCUCCUGGCUGGAGAGUGUGGCUGUUCUUCAUGAGGGGCAUCACUCCUCUGUUGGAGAGGUGGCUGGGAAAUCUGCUGGCCAGGCAGUUUGAAGGACGUCACUCAAAGGGUGUAGCCAAGACUGUGACCAAACAGCGUGUGGAGUCUCACUUUGACCUGGAGUUGCGUGCCGCAGUGAUGCACGACAUCUUGGAUAUGAUGCCUGAGGGCAUCAAACAGAACAAGGCCAGAACCAUCCUGCAGCAUCUCAGUGAGUCCUGGAGGUGCUGGAAAGCCAACAUUCCCUGGAAGGUGCCUGGCCUGCCCACUCCCAUUGAGAACAUGAUCCUUCGUUAUGUGAAGGCCAAAGCUGACUGGUGGACCAACACAGCUCAUUACAACCGUGAGCGAAUUCGUCGUGGAGCCACUGUGGACAAGACGGUGUGCAAGAAGAAUCUGGGCAGACUGACCCGUCUGUACCUGAAAGCUGAGCAAGAGCGACAGCACAACUACCUGAAGGAUGGUCCCUACAUCACAGCAGAAGAAGCAGUAGCCAUUUACACCACAACUGUGCACUGGCUGGAGAGUCGGCGGUUCUCGCCCAUCCCUUUCCCUCCUCUGUCCUACAAACACGACACCAAGCUGCUCAUCCUGGCCCUGGAGAGGCUCAAAGAGGCCUACAGUGUGAAGUCUCGUCUGAACCAGAGUCAGAGGGAGGAGCUGGGACUGAUAGAGCAGGCCUACGACAAUCCUCACGAGGCCCUUUCCAGGAUCAAACGUCACCUGCUCACACAGAGAGCAUUCAAAGAGGUGGGUAUUGAGUUCAUGGACCUUUACAGUCACUUGGUGCCGGUGUACGAUGUGGAGCCCCUGGAGAAGAUCACAGACGCCUACCUGGACCAGUACCUGUGGUAUGAAGCAGACAAAAGGCGCCUGUUCCCACCCUGGAUCAAACCUGCUGACACUGAACCACCACCACUGCUGGUCUACAAGUGGUGCCAAGGCAUCAACAACUUACAGGACGUGUGGGAGACUGCUGAGGGAGAGUGCAACGUGAUGCUGGAGUCCCGCUAUGAGAAAAUGUAUGAGAAGAUUGAUCUGACGUUGCUCAACAGGCUGCUGCGUCUUAUUGUUGACCACAAUAUUGCUGAUUACAUGACAGCCAAGAACAACGUGGUUAUCAACUACAAGGACAUGAACCACACCAACUCUUACGGCAUCAUCAGGGGACUCCAGUUUGCCUCAUUCAUCGUGCAGUAUUACGGCCUGGUGAUGGACCUGCUGGUGCUCGGCUUACACCGAGCCAGUGAGAUGGCUGGCCCACCUCAGAUGCCAAAUGACUUCCUCAGUUUCCAGGACACGGCCACAGAGAGCGCUCACCCAAUCAGACUGUACUGCCGCUACAUCGACCGUAUCCACAUCUUCUUCAGGUUCUCUGCUGAUGAGGCCAGAGACCUGAUCCAGAGAUAUCUGACAGAGCAUCCAGACCCCAACAAUGAGAACAUAGUGGGUUACAACAACAAGAAGUGUUGGCCUCGUGACGCCCGCAUGAGACUGAUGAAGCAUGAUGUCAACCUGGGACGUGCCGUGUUCUGGGACAUCAAGAAUCGCCUGCCCAGGUCUGUGACCACAGUCCAGUGGGAGAACAGCUUUGUGUCGGUCUACAGCAAAGACAACCCCAACCUGCUCUUCAACAUGUGUGGCUUUGAGUGCCGCAUCCUCCCCAAGUGCCGCACCAGCUAUGAGGAGUUUACUCACAAGGAUGGUGUCUGGAACCUGCAGAAUGAGGUAACCAAAGAGAGGACAGCACAGUGUUUCCUGCGUGUGGAUGAUGAAUCAAUGCAGCGUUUCCACAACAGAGUGCGUCAGAUCCUGAUGGCCUCUGGCUCCACAACCUUCACCAAGAUCGUGAACAAAUGGAACACAGCUCUGAUUGGUCUGAUGACCUACUUCCGUGAGGCUGUCGUCAACACCCAGGAGCUCCUGGACCUGCUGGUAAAGUGUGAGAACAAGAUUCAGACACGUAUCAAGAUCGGCCUGAACUCCAAAAUGCCUAGCCGCUUCCCUCCUGUAGUCUUCUACACUCCCAAGGAGUUGGGUGGCCUUGGCAUGUUGUCCAUGGGCCACGUGCUUAUCCCCCAGUCAGACCUGCGGUGGUCCAAGCAGACAGAUGUGGGCAUCACCCACUUCAGGUCUGGAAUGAGUCACGAAGAAGACCAGCUCAUUCCUAACUUGUAUCGUUACAUUCAGCCGUGGGAGAGCGAGUUCAUUGACUCUCAGAGGGUCUGGGCUGAGUAUGCCCUCAAGAGACAGGAGGCCAUUGCUCAGAACAGACGUCUGACUCUGGAGGAUCUGGAGGACUCGUGGGACAGAGGAAUCCCUCGCAUCAACACACUUUUUCAGAAGGACAGACACACACUGGCCUAUGAUAAAGGCUGGAGAGUCAGAACAGACUUCAAACAGUAUCAGGUGCUGAAACAGAAUCCAUUCUGGUGGACCCACCAGAGGCACGAUGGAAAACUGUGGAACCUGAACAACUAUCGCACAGACAUGAUCCAGGCUCUGGGCGGUGUGGAGGGCAUCCUGGAGCACACACUCUUCAAAGGCACUUACUUCCCCACCUGGGAGGGUCUCUUCUGGGAAAAGGCCAGCGGCUUUGAGGAGUCCAUGAAAUGGAAGAAACUGACUAAUGCUCAGAGGUCUGGUCUCAACCAGAUCCCCAACCGUCGAUUCACACUUUGGUGGUCACCCACCAUCAACAGAGCCAAUGUAUAUGUGGGUUUCCAAGUGCAGCUUGACUUGACAGGAAUCUUCAUGCACGGCAAGAUCCCCACGCUGAAGAUCUCCCUCAUUCAGAUCUUCAGGGCUCACUUGUGGCAGAAGAUUCAUGAGAGCAUUGUCAUGGAUCUCUGUCAGGUGUUUGACCAGGAGCUGGAUGCCCUGGAGAUUGAGACAGUGCAGAAGGAGACCAUCCAUCCCAGGAAGUCAUACAAGAUGAACUCAUCCUGUGCAGACAUCCUCCUCUUUGCUUCAUACAAGUGGAAUGUCUCUCGGCCAUCGCUGCUUGCUGACUCAAAGGAUGUGAUGGACAGCACCACCACACAGAAGUACUGGAUUGACAUUCAGCUCCGUUGGGGUGACUACGACUCUCACGACAUUGAGCGCUACGCCAGGGCCAAAUUCCUGGACUACACCACAGACAACAUGAGUAUCUACCCCUCCCCCACUGGAGUGCUCAUUGCUAUCGACCUGGCUUACAACCUCCACAGUGCUUAUGGUAACUGGUUCCCUGGAAGCAAGCCUCUGAUCCAGCAGGCCAUGGCCAAGAUCAUGAAGGCCAACCCUGCCCUGUAUGUGCUCAGGGAGCGCAUCCGCAAAGGUCUGCAGCUGUACUCCUCAGAACCCACUGAGCCGUACCUGUCCUCACAAAACUAUGGUGAACUCUUCUCCAACCAGAUCAUCUGGUUUGUGGAUGACACGAAUGUCUACAGAGUCACCAUCCACAAGACCUUUGAGGGUAACUUGACCACGAAGCCCAUCAAUGGAGCCAUUUUCAUCUUCAAUCCCAGGACUGGUCAACUCUUCCUCAAAAUCAUCCACACAUCUGUAUGGGCUGGACAGAAACGUCUGGGACAGCUGGCCAAAUGGAAGACAGCUGAAGAAGUGGCUGCCUUGAUUCGCUCCCUCCCCGUGGAAGAACAGCCGAAACAGAUCAUUGUAACCAGGAAGGGCAUGUUGGACCCUCUGGAGGUCCACUUGCUCGACUUCCCCAACAUUGUGAUCAAGGGCUCAGAGUUGCAGCUGCCCUUCCAGGCUUGUCUGAAGGUGGAGAAGUUUGGAGACCUGAUCCUGAAGGCUACAGAACCACAGAUGGUGUUGUUCAACCUUUAUGAUGACUGGCUCAAGACCAUCUCAUCUUACACAGCCUUCUCUCGACUCAUCCUGAUCCUCAGAGCGCUCCAUGUCAAUAACGACCGAGCCAAGGUGAUUCUGAAACCGGAUAAAACAACCAUCACAGAGCCCCAUCACAUUUGGCCCACGCUCACCGAUGAGGAAUGGAUCAAGGUGGAGGUGCAACUCAAAGACCUCAUUCUGGCCGAUUAUGGCAAAAAGAACAAUGUGAACGUGGCUUCACUGACCCAGUCUGAGAUCCGUGACAUCAUCCUGGGUAUGGAGAUCUCCGCCCCGUCACAGCAGCGUCAGCAAAUUGCUGAGAUUGAGAAGCAGACCAAGGAACAGUCGCAGCUCACCGCCACACAGACCCGCACUGUCAACAAGCAUGGAGACGAAAUCAUCACGUCCACCACCUCCAACUACGAGACCCAGACCUUCUCCUCUAAGACCGAAUGGAGAGUCAGGGCCAUAUCUGCUGCCAACCUCCACCUCCGAACCAACCACAUCUACGUGUCCUCUGAUGACAUCAAGGAGACGGGUUACACCUACAUCCUGCCCAAAAAUGUUCUCAAGAAGUUCAUCUGCAUCUCAGAUCUGCGAGCACAGAUUGCAGGCUACCUGUAUGGUACCAGCCCGCCAGACAACCCCCAGGUGAAGGAGAUCCGUUGCAUCGUCAUGGUCCCUCAGUGGGGGACACACCAGACUGUCCACCUGCCCAACCAGCUGCCUGGUCAUGAAUACCUGAAAGAAAUGGAGCCCCUCGGCUGGAUCCACACGCAGCCUAAUGAGUCACCACAGCUGUCCCCACAGGAUGUCACCACACAUGCCAAGAUCAUGGCUGAUAACCCAUCUUGGGAUGGAGAAAAGACCAUCAUCAUCACUUGCAGCUUCACUCCAGGCUCAUGCACUCUAACAGCGUACAAGUUGACGCCUAGUGGUUAUGAAUGGGGUCGCCAGAACACAGACAAGGGCAACAACCCUAAAGGCUACUUGCCAUCACAUUAUGAAAGAGUACAGAUGCUACUCUCUGACCGCUUCCUGGGCUUCUUCAUGGUGCCAGGCCAAGUUUCCUGGAAUUACAACUUCAUGGGCGUGCGCCACGAUCCCAACAUGAAGUACGACCUGCAGCUUGCCAACCCCAAAGAGUUCUACCAUGAAGUCCAUCGGCCCUCACACUUCCUGAACUUUGCCUCCCUGCAGGAGGGCGAGAUCUACAACGCCGACCGCGAGGACAUGUACGCCUGAGAGCCCUCGCUCUGCUCUUGACAUGUUUGUAGAUAGCUCUAACCAGCAUCAUGAGGAGCCAGUGCAGAUCAGCCCCUGUAAUAUUUCUGUUGAACACAUAACUGUGAUGUUUGGAAAUUUUUAUGUAAAGGCUUUAGGACCUUUUAGGAAUCUGUUAAGUUUUUUGAUAUUUUCUACAAAUGUUAUGGUUUUGUCCCCACUCCUCUCCUCUAUAACAGUAAAGCUUCUUUGAGCAAGUCGUUGAUUUUUGUGGCUUGUCCUACAUUUGAGCAUUUGUGUGUAGUUUAAAGUACACAAUUUGUUGAUGUAAUAUUUUAUCAUUUACAUUACUUCUGGAGGAUAAACACUCACCUCCUCUUUCCCCUUUGAGCGAUGAAAUCGAAAGUUGUAUUUUCAUGCCAGUAAUGCCCUGUCUUACUGUGUUGUACUAUACAUCAUCUGACACUGUAGCUUGGGUUUAAAUAAAGAUCACAAUUUUUAUAA